UAAUAAAAUUAAUUUCAUUAAAAUUCAUUUAAAGUAAUCUAUUGAUAUUAAUAGUUAUAAAAUUAAUUAUAAUAAAUGAAAUUCUAAUAUUAACGAUAUUUAAAGUGAAAAAAUAAAUUUUACUCAAGUUUUGAUUGGAAAAUCUACGGCGAGACCUUUUUUUUUUUUACUUUUUACUUUUUACUACAUAUACACUCGUUCAUAUAUGAGAGGAUACAUAAUAUAUUAUGUUAAAAAAUUUUAAUAUUUUUUUCUUGUUCGCAAUUAAGAAUAUUUUUAAAUUAAAAAAUUUCUGAGAAUCAAAAACCAAAAUAUAUGAGAGAAAAAUGAAAUAAAAUUUUUGAAUAAUAAAAAAAAAAAUUUCAAAUAUAAGAAAUUAAAAGUGUAAAUAAAUUUUCCAUGCAUAAUAAAAAAUAAAAUAUUAAAAUUGCAAUCAAUUUAAUUAUAAAAUAUUUAAAAGAAACUCUUAAAUAAUAAAAGAAUUUAAUUUUUAUUUAAAUGUUUAAAAUAAACAACAAUUUGUAGCAUAAUUUUGGUUUUUUUUUUUUGUAUUUCUUUUAAUUGUAAAAUUUGAAAUAAGGAAAAAAAAAAUUAUUUAAUUUAAAUACAAAAACUUCAUUAAUUUUUUUUUUAUUUAUUUAUUUUUAUUUUCGUUCAUAUAAUUGAAAAUUAAUAUAAUAAAGAUUUAAAAUCCUUUAAAUAAAAAAAACCAAAAAAAAAAAAAAAAAUCAGACCGAAAAAUAAAAUGGGUACCGUGUUAAGUUUUAGUCCUCGUGAAAGACGUCCUGUUUACUCCACCCAUCAUCAUAAUAACCACCAUCAUCAUCAUCAUAAUCAUCAUCAUCAUAGUAAUAAUGGUACUGGAAGUGGUGGUGAAAGUGCAACUGGCAGCUUAAGUUCAUCAAAUUCAGCUGAUUUUCCAUUAAAUAAUUUCUCAUAUGAACAGCUCAAUAAUGCAAAAAAUCGUGAAAAUACAAAACCAAUUAUAACAUGCCAUCAACAAAUUGUUAGUAAUAAUAAUUUAAAUAGUAAUAACAACAAUAAUAAUAAUAAUAAUGGCAAUAACAAUAAUAAUAAUAAUAAUGUUGUAUUAAAUCAUCAUGGAGGAAAUAAUCAAAUAACACAAAAUAAUCAUACAACAAUUAUUAAUAAUAAUAAUAUUAACAAUAAUAAUAAUAAUCACACAAUUAAUAAUAUUAAUAAUAAUGUUAAUAAUAACAUUAAUAAUAAUACUAAUAAUAUUAAUAAUAAUAAUAAUAAUGGUAAUAAUAUUAAUAAUAAUACAACAACAAAUAUUAAUAUUAAUAAUAUUAAUAAUAAUAAUAAUAACAAUAAUAAUAAUAGUAAUAAUAAUAAUAAUACAGAUCGUGCCAAUGAUAGUGCUAGAAUUUUAUCAGAAAAAAAUGCACUUGAAAAAAAUUUAAAAAAGCAUUCAAUAUUUAUAAAUGCAUUAUCAUGGAAACGAUUAGCAGCAUCACAUGGUAAAAAGAAAUUUGAUAAUAAUAAAAAUAAGGCUGCUAAUUUACCAACAGCAAAUUUUCGGCCACCAUUAGUUGAUGCAAUACAUCCAUUAGCUGUUGAUAAAAAUAAAAAUAUACAACAAUCUGUAACGCAACAACAACAACAACAACAGCAGCAGCAACAGCAUCAACAAUCACAGCAAUUACAACAACAGCAAAGACAAGUAUAUUUUACACCAAAUGCACCAAAAAGCUCAUUAUUAGCAUUAGAUUUGGUUAGAGCAAAUAAUACAAAUUCAACGCAACAAACAGAUAAAUUAGCGCCAAAGUUGCCUCUGUCCCUUCCAAUGCCAAUACCUUUGCAAAAUACAAUUGCACAACCGCAACAUAACCAUGGACCUAGAAAAACAGUUAUACAGGCAUCGACAUCUGAACUUCUUAAAUGUCUUGGAAUGUUUCUUCAUGAUCGUUGUAAAAAGUUAAGAGAUUUCCAAGCUGGUGACGCUGUUAUGUGGUUAAGAGCUGUAGAUCGAAGUCUUCUUUUACAAGGGUGGCAGGAUGUUGCCUUUAUUAAUCCAGCUAAUGUAGUUUUUGUUUAUAUGCUUGUAAGGGAAUUAGUAGAUGGUGAUGAAACUAAAGAAUCUGAAUUACAGGCAGCAGUUUUAACAUGCUUAUAUUUGUCAUACUCGUAUAUGGGAAAUGAAAUAAGUUAUCCGUUAAAACCAUUUUUAGUAGAAGAUUCAAAAGAAAAAUUUUGGGACAGAUGUCUUUUAAUUGUUAAUCGUUUGAGUGGCAAUAUGUUACGUAUAAAUGCUGAACCUGGUUUUUUUACUGAAGUAUUUACUGAAUUAAAAGGAUGCGGAAUGAAUUCAAAUAAUAAUUCAAAUGGUUCAAUUAAUUGUGGUGCUGCUUGACGUAAAAAUCCGCCACGUGAAGUUGUCGUUAGAUUAUCAAUUGCUGGUCAUCAACAAAAAUAUCAACAUCAAACAAUGUUACAAGAACUUACAAGUGUAGUAUAAAUGAAAAAACAACGCGUAAGAGACGAGACGAAACGAAAUGCAAGAUGUUAUUAAAAAAAAUAUAUAUUAAAAAAAUUAAAUUAAUAAAAAUUAAGAAAAAAAAAAUAUUAUAUUAUAAUAUUAAGACAACUUUUGUGUAUACAAAACCAAAAAAAAAAGAUAGAAAAAAAAAUGAAAAUAACAAAAUAUAAGUAUAUUUAAUGAAAGUAAAUUUCAAAAUAUUUAUGAACGCCCGAAAGUAUAUAAUAUUUCAAAAAAAAAAAGAGAAAAAUAUUAUGUAGCUAUAAAAAUAAGGAAAGUAAAAAAUUUUCAAAC